AUGUCCUCUUCGAAGCACCCUAUCGCACCCACCACAGCACAACGCGAUGCAGACUAUCACUACAGUCAACAACUAACAAAGCUGCAAGACGAGAUUAUGGAUCUAAACAAGAUCAUCGAGAACACUGCUGCAGAUCACAGACGCGAAGUCUCGGUACAAGCCCGCGCAAUGACCUGUCUCAACAUGAAGAUACUGUGGCUUACGUACAAACUCGAUCCAAUUCUCAAGGUGGACAGUAUCACAGCGGAGAGAAUGGGCAGGCUUUUCCCAGAGAUUGCGGAGUACUUUGUCCUUAACUGA